CUCCUGAAUAGGAAAGCUUUUGCAAUGUAACGAAUGGAAACUCGACACGACGAUUAACUCAGAAACUAUCCUCCACUUUUACAGUUUCCUUCAAACCUUAUGAUGGAGUUUAACAGCGCUUAACUUCUCUCUGAAUCAGAAUCUGAAAACAUGAACCCUUUGAGAAGGCCACUUUCUCACCCUUUCUUCAGAUUCAACAACUCCAGAUCCUCGAUGAAAAUUACUUGUCGAACCAAUGAAGCAUUCACUUCCCAGAGUCCCAUUUUUAAUUUCAAGCUUUCUGGUUCAGCCAUGCCGGUUUUCACCGCCAAUUCAUCUUCGUUAUCAAGGUUUAAUACCCACUUCCCAAAUUCACCGAAACAACCAAAUCCCACUUCCGAGGCUCGAACUUCUCCACUGAUCAGGACCUUUUGUGUUAAAAAGACUGGAGUUUCUUCUUCAAAUGAUAUCCCUGUUGUUUCCACUGUUAGUGGACCGAAUCAAGGCUCUCGGCCUAUUGAUGCAGGGUCUUCAAUGAGGAAACCAAUCAGUUUAUGGCCCGGAAUGUACCAUUCUCCUGUAACGAAUGCCUUAUGGGAAGCUAGAUCAAGCAUGUUUGAGAAAAGUUUUGAUGGAGCUCAAGAUUCACAAACUGAAUUAGUUGCAAAACCCCCUUCAAAGAGCAGGACUAGUAUUGCUUAUAAGUUUUCUUCUGAUUAUAUACUCAGGGAGCAGUAUAGGAACCCUUGGGAUGAGAUGAGGAUGGGGAAAUUGCUUGAGGAUCUUGAUGCUCUCGCUGGAACCAUCUCAUAUAGGCAUUGUCGGAAUGAUGAUGGUGCAACAAGGCCUAUAUUGUUGGUUACAGCUUCUGUUGACAGGAUGGUUCUAAAAAAACCGAUCCGUGUUGACUUCGAUUUGGAAAUCUCCGGGGCUGUUACAUGGGUUGGGAGGUCAUCAAUGGAGAUUCAGCUGGAAGUAACUCAAUCCACACCAGAUUCUCCAGAUCCUUCGGAUUCUGUUGCUCUUGUGGCAAACUUUACCUUCGUUGCUCGUGAGUCCAAGACUGGAAAAUCAGCUCCGCUUAACCAGAUAUUGCCCGAAACUGAACACGAAAAAUUUCUAUGGAAAGAAGCAGAAGAGAGGAACAAAAUGAGAAAGCAGAAUAGAGCAGCACAAAAGAAGGAUGUUGAUAAUAGAGAUGAUGAGCGGCUUAACGCACUGUUGGCUGAAGGGCGAGUUUUCUGCGACAUGCCAGCAUUGGCAGACAGAGAUAGCAUUCUUAUAAGAGAUACUUGUCAUGAAAAUUCAUUGAUGUGCCAACCACAACAAAGGAAUAUUCAUGGUCGGAUAUUCGGAGGUUUUUUGAUGCGGAAAGCAUCUGAACUGGCCUUCUCGACUGCUUAUGCCUUCGCUGGUGCUGCACCUUGUUUUUUGGAAGUUGAUCAUGUUGACUUCUUUAAACCUGUGGAUGUUGGAAAUUUCCUCCGUUUCAAGUCUUGUGUUUUAUAUACAGAACUUGAGAACCCUAUGAAACCUAUGAUAAAUGUGGAAGUUGUAGCUCAUGUCACAAGGCCUGAGCUAAGGUGUAGUGAGGUAUCCAACAAAUUCUACUUCACAUUUACUGUCCGGCCCGAGGCCAUGAAAGAGGGAUUGAGGAUUCGGAAUGUUGUUCCGGCUACUGAAGAGGAAGCUCGACGGGUGCUUGAACGUAUGGAUGCUGAGAGGUCCCAAGAGGCAUACUUAUGAAGACUCCUUGUUAACAUGAAAGAA